AUGGUACGUCCCGCUGUUCGCGCCACCUCCCAUCGCCUCCUCGACCCGCCCAAGAUCAAAACGAUGCACCGGUCCCUCGAGGACCACCUCCCGACGUCGUCGACCUCGAACGCCCCCGUCUCGCGCAACCUCGACCCUGCCUUGCACCCUUUCGCCCGCACGCGAGAGUAUACUCGAGCUGUGACGGCUGCCAAGCUUGAGCGCAUGUUCGCCAAGCCGUUCGUCGCGUCGCUUGAAGGACACGGAGACGGGAUUUACUGCCUCACGAAGGACGAGGCGGGAGGACUGGGACGAGUUGCGAGCGGAAGCGGUGACGGCGAGGUGCGCGUGUGGGAUCUGGGAGCGCAGAGGACCGUGUGGAACGUCGAGGGCGCCCACAGGGGCAUGAUCAAGGGCGUCGCUUUCUCGCACCCCAUGGUCGGCGAGGAGGGACGGGUCGAGAAGAAGGUUGGAGCGGGCGAGAGGGGCAUCAAGCGGAAACGGACAGAGGUUGGGUACAAGGGAAAGGGACGGGCCGGCUUGGAGGACGAGCUGGAUGACGAGGAGUAUGAGGAUGGGCUCGCCAAUCUCGACGCGACCGAGGCGAGGGGCAGCCCGCGAGUCUUGACAUGCGGUGUUGACAAGACGGUCAAGCUGUGGGAUGUCAAGGGCGCGAGCGGGAAGGGCGCAAGACCUUUGCAAACUUUCACCGGCAAAUCCGGCUUCCACUCCAUCUCCCACCACCGCUACGACCCUAUCUUCGCAACAGGCUCGACGCAGAUCGAGAUCUGGGACGAAACGAAGACCGCCCCUCUCUCGACGCUCAAAUUCCACACGACGUCGAACUCGUCGUCGGGCGAACACGUCGCUUGCGUGGCAUUCAACAAGAGCGAGACGAGCGUGUUGGCGAGCAGUGGGAGUGAUCGGACUGUGUGCCUGUAUGACUUGCGGAGUGGGAAGGCGCUGGGACGGGUAGCGAUGCAGAUGCGCGUCAACCAGCUCGUUUUCAACCCUCUGCAACCUCCCGUCCUCCUUUGCGCCUCGGAAGACCACAACCUCUACACUUUCGACAUCCGAAACCUCAGCACGACGACCUCGGUCUACAAGGGUCACGUUGGAGCGGUCAUGUCGUGCGAUUGGUCGCCUACGGGUCGCGAGUUCGUCUCGGCUUCCUACGACCGAACACUUCGGCUGUGGAAGCAGGGCGAGGGCAAAAGUCGGGAUACGUACCACACGAAGCGGAUGCAGCGCGUCUUCUCCACCCUCUACACACUCGACUCCCGCUUCGUCCUUUCCGGCUCAGACGACGCCAACCUGCGCAUCUGGAAAGCGCGCGCAUCCGAGAAGCUCGGCGUCGUCGACAAGCGCGAGCAGGUCCGUAAGGAGUACAGGGAUGGGCUCAGGGAGAAGUGGGGAACUGUUGCGGAUGUUGCGAAGAUCGAGAGGACCCGCUACCUGCCAAAGCCGAUCCACAAGGCGGCGUCGACAAAGCGCGAGAUGGUCGACGCGCAGCGCAACAAGCAGGAGCACCGUCUCAAGCACGCUCCCAAGGGCGUCGACCCCGAGCUGCUCAAGCCGACGGCCGCCAGGAAGGCCGCCAUCCAGCAGGUCGAACAGUAG